AUGGCCCUUCGCCUCCGUCUCACCGUAGACUUCAACAAGGAUAUCGUUCCAAAGUUCUUCUGGUUCCUCCUCUCCCUCCGCUCCAAGGCCCUCGUCACCGCCGAGGACGCCCUCGUCCUCGAUCGCAACAUCAUCUUCAGCCAGGUCCCCAAGAAGAACAAGGACUCCAGCCUCACCCCCCUCAUCACCAACCUCGCGAAACACAUCCAGAAGCCGACCGAGGUCGCCCGUCCCCCCAGCGUCUCCGACCUCGCCCUCCGCUUCGCCACUGGAACCAUGUGGGGACGCUCCUUCGACGAUCCCUCAAAGAAAGUCUCUCUCGAUCUCGCCGAGUGCCGCAGCGUCGCCUACUUCGCCAUCGCCCGCGCCGACAUCGUCGAGAAAUACCGCCCCCGCCUCCUCAAGGCCCAUCCGAUCCUCCGCUACCUCCGCCGUCAGAUCCGCGACUUCAUUCGUCGCGAGGCCAACUCCCCCGACUGGGAUUUCAUCGACGGCUAUCGUGACGUCGACGUUCCCGAUGACUUCGACCCCGCGCCUUCCAAGACCGCCGCCGACAUGGACACGCGCCUCGCGUCCACGCAGUUCAUCGAGAAGAACUUCAACGCGCUCUACAAGUCCAUCGUCGGCAACCCCCUCCUCGCCAACAUCAUCAUCGCCGGCAACGAGCCCGUCGGCGCCCGCCAGCCCAUGCCCACCCAGAUCGCGGAGAUGACGAAGGCGUUCCUCGACCAUGUUCUCUAUAGUGCGUCCUACCUCUCAAAGCUUACGACUCCGGGUACGCGCCCCGAGUGGCCCAUCCAGUGGGACCACGACACGCAGAGCACCAUCCGCCUGCGCUUCCCGCCCGACCUCCAUCCCUUCCCCGCCGACCUCGUCAUCGCCGACGCGUCCUCGCAGGAUGCCUCCCCCUCCACGUCCGCCCCCGCCGUCUCCUCGUCGACCACUCGCCAGCGCAGGGCGACGCGGGCGACAGCCGCCGCAGACUCCGCGGGUGCCACAGGCAAGAGACCGACGGCGCGUCCUGCCGGACGAAUGGCCUCAACAGUCUCGGCCAAGGGCAAGGGCAAGGAGAAGGAGAAGGAGAUCAUUCCCGAGGAGGAGGAGGACUCCGACAGGCCGGUCACCCCCGACUUUGUCACCAACCCUCCUCCGCCCCGCCGCUCUCCGCCCCAGCGCCCUCCUUCCCCCCCUCCCGUCACUGAGCAGUCCGGCAAGCGACCCCGAGGCAAUACCAGCAGCUCCGUCGGCUCCAAUCCCGCCACCAAGCUCUCCCCUCGCGCUGCCAAACGCUUCCGCGAGAACACCUCGAUCAACAUCUCCGACGACGACGACGACGAUAACGACGGGCUCGUCCGCCCUGGCUCCCUCCUGACCUUCGUCCCCGGCAGCUCCCAGACUCUGCCGCCCGACUCUUCUCUCCCCUCCACCCAACCUGCGGCGAUGAGUCAGGGUCAGCUCACCCAACACCUGGGUGGGUACGGUGAGGACGAGUCUGCUCACAAUGACAACGCUGAGAAUGCUGACGACCGCGAGGACGGCGAGAUCGUCGACGACGGCGAGGUCAGUGAGGACGGCGAGGUCGGUGAGGACGGUGAGGACGGCGACGAGGAUGGCGAUGGGGACGACGACGACGACGAUGGGGAUGGUGAUGGGGAGGUCGACCCACUCGCCAUGGAUGUGCUCGAGAAGAGCGAGGGGGUCCAGCUCGACGGCUAG